UUUUUUUAAUAUCUAUCUUCCACUUUGUCCUUCAGUGCAUCGUCUGGGACGCCUGCACAAAGGGUCAAGGAUCCAAAGAGGAAUUAUGGCAUCUGCAAUGCAUAGGGCUAGGGCAUCGGCCGCGUUGGCCCUACGCGGCGUUGAAGCUGCUGUUUUGGUGGCGGCGUCGGCCAACUUGGGGAGGAGGGCUUUCGCUUCGCUCGCUGCUGGCACCGACAUCGUCUCCGCUGCUCCGGGCGUAUCCCUCCAGAAAGCGCGCAGCUGGGACGAAGGCGUUUCCUCCAAUUUCUCCUCCACUCCCCUCAAGGACAUCUUCGAGGGAAGGAAGGUGGUUAUUUUUGGAUUGCCUGGAGCUUAUACUGGUGUCUGCUCACAACAACAUGUUCCUAGCUACAAGAAUAGCAUCGAGAAGUUUAAAACUAAAGGAAUAGAUUCUGUUAUUUGUGUUGCUGUUAAUGAUCCAUAUGCUUUGAAUGGUUGGGCAGAAAAACUUCAGGCCAAGGAAGCAAUUGAUUUUUAUGGGGAUUUCGAUGGAAGCUUCCAUAAGAGCUUGGAAUUAGAUGUGGAUCUAUCUGGUGCUUUGUUGGGGCGCCGUUCUCAUAGGUGGUCUGCAUAUAUAGUUGACGGCAAGGUUCAGUCUCUCAAUGUGGAGAAAAAGCCUUCAGAUUUCGAAGUCUCUUCUGCAGAGGUGAUUUUGGGACAGAUAUAACUGACUGAUCAGGCAUUUUUCAGAUCAUGGAGUCUAGUGGCAGGGUUUGUAAUGUUAUAUAAAAAAUAUGGGCAUUUCUGAAUGUGAGGAAGAAUAAAGUCCUGGAAUUUUUGUAACUGUUAUCAGAGCAUUAUUAAUACAAAUAUAGUUGGUGACAUUUUUUUU